AUGCCAGGGGAGGCGGCGCGCGCGGAACUGCUGCUGCCCAAGGCGGGCGGGCCUGGCCAGCGCACAGAUUUGUCCUGUGAUAUUCCUGCUGCCACUGCCCCAAGUAGGGACCAGCUGGAGCACUGUGGCCCUUUGCCAGCACCCAGGCCUGCGGCUGUCACCUUCCUGCCCAGCAAGCCAGGUGCCCGGCCCCAGCCAGAGGGCGCGAGCUGGGAUGCAGGGCCAGGCCCAGUGGCCUGGGUGCUCCCAGCAGAGUGCAGUCCCAGCUCAGCCCCUGCUGAGGGCCAACCUGUGGAGGCAUCCCUCCCGGCUCUGGAGCCUCGGAUUGUGAUGGGUGAGGAGACCUGCAGGCCUCCCCCUCUACCUGGGGCAGCCUCACCAGUGCUCAGGGAAUGGGCAGGCGAAUGUGGAAGCCUGAACCCACUCCCAGAGUUGUGCUCUCAGGGUGACCCUCCUGUGCCUUUCCCUUGCCCCGAUCCUGAUCCCUACUUCACUCCCCCAUCAACCCCAGGCCUUGGGCUAUGCAGGGAAGCCUGUGACUCCGAGUCAGAGCUCCCUGAGUCACCAUCCACCUCACCCUCGGGCUCCUACUUCACAGCAGAUGGGGACAGCUGGGCCUCCUCCCCAUCCUGUUCCCUCAGCAUGCUGGCCCCCACAGAAGGACUGGACCUUUCCCCGGGCUGGGGAUUCUCUCACCCAGGCACUAUGGUAGAGGAAUGGGAACCCCAUGCUGCUGGGCCUCCUGGCCCCCACUCCUCUGCUUCCAGCCUCUCAGCUGACAGCAGCUCUUCCUGGGGCCAGGAGGAGAACCUCCUUGACCUGGAUUUUCUGGCAAAUGAUCCAAUGAUCCCUGCAGCCUUGCUGCCCUUCCAGGGCAGCCUCAUCUUCCAGGUGGAUGCAGUGGAGGUCACUCUAUUGGCCCAGUCCGAGGAGGAGGGGCAGGAGAAGGGGACAGCAGAAGCUAAGACUCCCAGCCCAGGUGGAGACCUGGAUGAGGCGGGCGAGGACAAGAGCACAUCCACCUCCUUCCUGCAGUCAUUGUCAGAUAUCUCCAUCAUUGAGGAUGUGGAUGAGGCCUUUGCCUUCCGGGACGAUACCUCAGCAGCCUCCUCCUCCUCAGAUUCUUCUUCCUACACUGGGGCACAUGAUGAAAGGCUGUACAGUGGGGAGCCCCAUGCCCAGGCCAGUGCCCUGCUCCAGGAUGGCAAGGGUCACAAGGCUGAGGACACACCAGACAGCUGGGCCUUGUCUUUGAGCCAGAAGAGGUCCAUACUCCCUGUCUCAGCAGAAGACAUUGCUAAGAGAACACUGGCUGCUAUGCUCCAUGGUGAGGAGGACUUCCUCUCAGGCCAGGAGACAGCCCCUCCACUAAUACCUCACACCUGGCUGGCAGAAGCAAGCCCUGGUAUGAACCCAGAGCUAGCUGGCAUGGUCCCACCUCUGCUCGAGGAUGAAACUGUAGACUCUGCAGUAGGACAAUUAGUGGACGACAUGAGGGCAGAACCUCUGCUCACACUCGCAGAUCUCACCUUAGGCCAGGUAUCUGGAGGAACACCUCUGAUCUUUCAAGAAGGGAAUGCUACCAUAGACCACAAGCCUGCUGCUCCACAAACACUUGAAACCUUGAAGGAAGAUAUCAACCUCACACCAUGCCCUGACCUGCUCACUACAGCAGAGGCUCUUCAGGAUGAGAAGGUGGGCCUAGACUGCAGCCCCGAAGAGGACGAAAAGGCUGGCCUAGGUUGCACCUCCGGACAGGAGUCUGUGGCUACAGAAACACCUGUGCACUUGGAUGAAGGCUGUACUUCAUGCCAGGAGUCUAAGACAACACCUUUGACCCUGCAAAGAAAAGCCAGCUUCACCUUACCCCAGGAAUCCAUCUCUGUGACACCUCCUGCCUUGCAGCAAGCAGCACUUCCCUCACAAGAGCCUGUUCCUGUUACAGUGGCAGUCCUUGAAGCCCUGCAGGGCCAAAUAGACUGUUCCCAGGAGGCAGCACCCACUGCUCCCAUGGCAGCUGUGGCCCAGCACAAAGGAGGUGUGGCCCUAGAACUGACGUCUGUCCCUGAGCUUAUAUCUGUGGUAAAGGCAGCAGCAGCACCUGUAGCUUUGGACCAGGCCCCACAAAAUGGAGAUAGUCCCACUAUAGACUUGGAUCUGAAAGUGGAAGCUGUGACCCCUGGGCCCUCAGGAAAAGAUGCAGGUCUCACCUCAGAGUGUAUUCCUAACAAGAGGGAGGGACAGAAAACAAGGGGCAUCUCAGGCAGUGGCUUCCAGAACAGAGAUGAUGGGGCUCAGGAGCUAAGGAGCCUCCUCAAAAGGACCCAAGGUGCUGGCAACAUUCCAGAGAACAGCUGCCAGACUGUGGAUCCAGCCACCAACCCUGAGCUCAUCCAGGAAAGGGACUCUGGGCUGCUGGCCUUGGUGGCCUCUGAGGCCAGGCACUGCUCCAGCCCAGAAUCUUCUGCGAGGGCUGUCCCUGAGGCUGGCAGGGGCUUCCCAGGAGAGCCGAGGCCUACUGCAACUCUAUCCUGGCUGUUGCAGCCUGGGGCUGGGCCCAGCCUCAGAACCCCUCUGUCCAGCCUGGCUGUGGAGGAGCAGGCCCCUUGUCAUGGCCAAACACCCUGCCAAUAUCUGGGACCCUGUGUGCAGGGCCUGCCAGUUGCAGCUCAGGAGAGGCUCCUGCACCCCGACACCCCUUCACCUCAUCUCCUUACUGGGGCAGCCUCUGCCCCUUGCCUUUGUCCAGGGCCUGGAGAAGGCAGCAAGGACCAUGGGCCUACAGGUGUGCCACCCAUCCAGCAGCCUGGUGGCACCCCUUCGCACAUAGUGUCUGCUGACUCAGGAAACCUAGUGCCUCCUGGGGCUGGGCAGCAUGCUAGCUUCUCGGGCCCCUCAUCCCUCAGUCCCCAGAGAGCCCCUGCGGGGGGCCCCCAUGCCAAAGACCUCCCCGCUCGGAUCAUCGCCCCCUGUCAAGUGCCUCCAGGCUUGGGACCCUGCACCCAAAUCAGCUCCCAGGGGCUCCCAGCCUCUGAUCCCCAAGAGGACCAGGACAGCCUCGAGGAAGACACCCCUCAGGCUCCAGGCUCAGGCCAGCACUCGGAUAGUCAUGCAGAGUUGUCAGCACCUGAGAUGGACGAGCAGGACCCUGCAGCCCCUCAGAUGGCACAGUGCCCCCCACAGGCCUCAGUGGUGAGCAGCAGUGAAGAGACCAUUGCCAAAGCCAAGCAGAGCCGCAGUGAGAAGAAGGCCCGGAAGGCUAUGUCUAAGCUGGGCUUGAGGCAGAUUCAGGGCGUGACGAGGAUUACCAUCCAGAAGUCCAAGAACAUCCUCUUUGUCAUCAGCAAGCCUGAUGUCUUCAAGAGUCCAGCCUCUGAUACCUACGUGGUCUUUGGUGAAGCUAAAAUUGAGGACCUGUCACAGCAGAUACACAAAGCUGCAGCAGAGAAGUUCAAGGUGCCCACUGAGGCCUCUGCCAACACUUCUGAGUUGGCUCCAGGGCUGCAGGCAAAGCUGGAGUGCCAAGAGGAGGAGGAGGAGGAGGAGGUGGAGGUGGAUGAGACAGGCCUGGAGCUUCGAGACAUCGAGCUGGUGAUGGCCCAAGCCAAUGUGUCAAGGGCCAAGGCCGUGCGGGCCCUGAGGGACAACCACAGUGACAUCGUUAACGCCAUUAUGGAGCUGACAAUGUAG